AGUCCACUUGGUGUCAAUAAGUUAAUGUCCUCGCGCGAUAUAUCCACUUCCUGCAGCGGCAGCGGGGGUUCGCAUUCCAGUUGCCGGACGCGCGCACCCCUCGUCGUGAACGCGCUCCUGUGCUUGCGUUGCUGCUGCAGCUGCAAUGGCGGCACUGUAGGGCAGGACGCGGUGCCUUCGGCUCCAGGACUUGUCCCGUUUUGCGCAGGGAGUGGAGGAGCGCGCCGUGAGGUCGACUCGCGAAGCCGGCAGGGAGGGGGACGCGGACUUCGGCCUGUCGGCACAUUCUUUAUUUUUAAUAUUUUAUUUUGUCUGGGUGGAGCAGCGCGAGAGCUCGCUGUGCAUCCGCGUGCAGUGAGUGAGGCGCAGCCCGCCGCUCCCGACUCGGACUCGGACUCGCAGAGCCUGGGCGCCAUGGCGGAGCGCAGCUCCACCGGGCUGCUCAUGAUGAUGCUGGAGCCCACGCCCGCGACGGCCAUGACCCUGCCGGCGGAGGUGCGUGAGAAGCUCGCCGAGCUGGAGCUCGAGCUGUCCGAAGGUGACAUCACCCAGAAGGGUUAUGAGAAGAAACGAAGCAAGCUGCUGGCUCCAUACAUCCCACAGAUCCAAGGUGUAGAUCCAUCUCUGCAGAUCGAGAACAGAAUCCAGACUUCCUCACAAGCUGGCCUUGCCAGCUCCAAGCAGAACAAGUCCCGGCCCAACAACUCGCGGGAUGAACGCUUUCGGUCCGACCUGCACACGGAAGCCGUACAAGCAGCCUUGGCCAAGUACAAAGAGAGGAAGAUGCCCAUGCCGUCCAAGAGGCGCUCGGUACUAGUGCAGUCCUCUGUGGAAGCAUGUACCCCACCAGACACCUCAUCGGCAUCGGAAGACGAGGGCUCGCUCCGCCGGCAGGGCCGGCUGGCCGCCUCGGCGCCGCACCAGGCCCACCCCGGCGUGGAGCACUGGUUUAACAGGGUCAUCCAGGGCUCGUCCACCUCAUCCUCCGCAUCCUCCACCUCAUCCCACCCUGGAGGGAGGCCCCAUGCUGCCGCAGCCGCCAGCGCCGCCGCCAUGCUGGCCGACCUUAUGGCGCACACCCAGCUAGACAACCAAUCGGCGCCGCCCGAUGUGACGGGCCUGUCGGAGCGCCUGGUGCAUAUGGAGCGGCCCCAGGUGGCGUCAGUUCGUGGACUCCCGCGGGGGUACAACCACACCACCUUGCUGGAGACCGCAGAUGGGGUGCCCGUCAACAGCCGAGUGUCCUCCAAGAUCCAGCAGCUGCUCAACACACUGAAGAGGCCCAAGCGGCCGCCGCUGCGUGAGUUCUUCCUCGAUGACUUCGAGGAGCUGCUGGACGUCCAACAGCCUGACCCCAACCAGCCCAAGCCUGAGGGGGUGCAGAUGAGGCCCCUGGAGGGGGAGCCCUUGGGCGUAGUCACCAACUGGCCCCCAUCUCUGCUGGCAGCUCUGCAGCGCUGGGGGACCACACAGCCUAAGAGCCCCUGUCUCACAGCCCUGGACAAUGCGGGCAAGGUCAUCUACACGCUCACCUACGGCAAGCUGUGGACCCGGAGCCAGAAGCUGGCCUAUACACUGCUCAACAAGCUGAGCAGUCGCAACGAGCCUUUACUGAGGCCUGGGGACCGGGUGGCACUUGUGUUCCCAAACAACGACCCAGUGAUGUUCAUGGUGGCCUUCUAUGGGUGUCUCCUGGCCGAGCUGGUUCCCGUGCCCAUCGAGGUGCCGCUCACACGGAAGGAUGCAGGAAGUCAACAGAUCGGUUUCCUGCUGGGCAGCUGCGGGGUGACGCUGGCUCUGACCACAGACGCCUGUCAGAAGGGCCUCCCUAAAGCACAGACGGGUGAGGUGGUGACCUUCAAAGGCUGGCCACGGUUACUGUGGUUCGUCACUGAUGGUAAGCAUGUAGUGAAGCCACCCAAGGAAUGGCAUCCUCCCUUGCGGGAUGCCACCAAUGAGACAGCCUACAUUGAGUACAAGACUAGCAAGGAGGGCAGCACCAUGGGCAUCACCGUAUCCCAUGAAGCCAUGCUGGCUCACUGCCACGCCCUCACGCAGGCCUGCGGCUACACAGAGGGUGAGACAAUCACCAAUGUACUGGACUUCAAGAGGGAUGCUGGACUGUGGCAUGGUGUUCUAACGAGCAUCAUGAACCGGAUGCACGUGAUCAGUAUCCCCUACUCCCUAAUGAAAGUCAACCCCCUCUCCUGGAUUCAGAAAGUACAUACAUUCAAAGCACGAGUGGCAGUAGUCAAGUCCAGGGACAUGCACUGGUCCCUCCUGGCACAACGAGACCAGCGGGACAUCAGCCUGAGCUCACUGCGGAUGCUGAUUGUUGCCGACGGAGCGAACCCCUGGUCAAUCUCAUCUUGCGACGCCUUCCUCAACGUGUUUCAGUCUCGUGGACUCCGGCCUGAGGUGAUCUGCCCCAGCGCCAGCUCCGCUGAAGCCAUGACUGUUGCCAUCCGCAGGCCUCCGGAGAUGGGCGUUCCUCCUCCAGGGAAGGCGGUUCUAUCCAUGAGCGGGUUAAGCCACGGCGUCAUCCGAGUUGACACUGAGGAGAAGCUCUCGGUUCUGACCGUGCAGGAUGUGGGUCAGGUCAUGCCAGGCGCACUUGUGUGUGUGGUCCGGGUUGAGGGAACACCGUACCUCUGCCACACGGAUGAGGUGGGCGAGAUCUGCGUCAGUUCCGGCAGCACCGGCAUCUCCUACUUUGGCUUGCCGGGCAUGACCAAGAACGUCUUCGAGACCAUCCCAGUGACGGUGUUGGGGGCCCCAAUCUCCGAUAGGCCCUUCACGAGAACCUCCCUCCUGGGGUUUAUAGGACCGGACAACCUGGUGUUUGUGGUGGGUAAGCUGGACGGCUUGAUGGUGGUCAGCGGGCGGAGACACAAUGCUGAUGAUGUUGUUGCCACAGCGCUGGCGGUGGAACCCAUGAAGUUUGUUUACCGGGGGAGGAUCGCUGUGUUCUCUGUGUCUGUGCUGCAUGACGAACGCAUUGUGGUGGUGGCUGAGCAGCGACCUGAUGCCUCCGAGGAGGACAGCUUCCAGUGGAUGAGCCGUGUUCUGCAGGCCAUCGACAGCAUCCACCAGGUGGGGGUGUACUGCCUGGCGCUGGUGCCCGCCAACACCCUGCCAAAGGCCCCGCUGGGUGGCAUCCACAUCUCGGAGACAAAGCAGCGCUUCUUGGAGGGUGCCCUGCACCCCUGUAAUGUGCUCAUGUGCCCCCACACAUGUGUCACCAACCUCCCCAAACCAAGGCAGAAGCAGCCAGAAGUCGGCCCAGCUUCUAUGAUAGUGGGGAACCUGGUGGCCGGAAAGAGGAUCGCCCAGGCAUGCGGUAGGGACGUCACCCAGCUGGAAGACAAUGACCAGGCACGUAAGGUAUAUACCCCCACCCCAUAUCACCCAGUCAUCCGGAAAGGGCAAUUUGCUCUGCCACAGUUCCUGUACAUGCAGGACGUCCUCCAGUGGAGAGCCCAAGCAACGCCGGAUCACACCCUGUUUCUUCUGCUCAAUGCCAAGGGUACCGUGGCCAGCAGUGCCUCCUGUCUGCAGCUGCACAAGCGGGCAGAGCGUGUGGCGGUGGCCCUGAUGGAGAAGGGUCGGCUCAACACAGGGGACCACGUGGCACUUGUAUACCCUCCAGGCAUCGACCUGAUAGCCACCUUCUAUGGAUGCUUGUAUGCUGGCUGUGUACCUGUCACUGUGAGACCCCCCCAUCCACAGAACCUGGCCACCACCCUGCCCACUGUCAAAAUGAUUGUUGAGGUCAGCAAGUCUGUCUGCAUCCUGACCACACAAGCAAUAAUGAAGCUGCUGAAAUCCAAAGAGGCCAUGGCCGCCGUGGACGUGAAGACGUGGCCCACGGUGCUGGACACAGAUGACCUCCCAAGGAAGAAACCGCCCCAGAUCUACAAACCACCCACCCCAGAGAUGCUGGCCUACCUGGACUUCAGCGUGUCCACCACUGGCAUUUUGGCUGGAGUGAAGAUGUCCCAUGCUGCCACCAGCGCCUUGUGCCGCUCCAUCAAGCUGCAGUGUGAGCUAUACCCAUCCCGCCAGAUCGCCAUCUGCCUGGACCCCUACUGCGGCCUGGGCUUUGCCCUCUGGUGCCUCUGCAGUGUGUACUCGGGACACCAGUCCAUAUUGGUGCCACCCCUAGAGCUGGAGAGCAAUGUGUCGCUGUGGCUGGGAGCAGUCAGCCACUACAAAGUGCGUGUCACCUUCUGCUCCUACUCCGUCAUGGAGAUGUGCACCAAAGGGCUGGGAUCGCAGACCGAGGCCCUGCGGAUGCGGAACAUCAGCCUGUCCUGCGUGCGCACAUGCAUGGUGGUGGCCGAGGAACGACCGCGCAUUGCCCUCACGCAGUCCUUCUCAAAGAUCUUCAAGGACUUGGGCCUCUCCCCCAGGGCUGUGAGCACCACCUUUGGUUGCCGGGUCAACGUCGCCAUCUGCCUGCAGCCCAACAGGCUGGGGAAGCUGGCUGAGCAGGGCACAGCUGGUCCAGACCCCACCACUGUCUACGUGGAUAUGAGAGCCCUGCGUCAUGACAGGGUGCGCCUGGUGGAGAGGGGGUCUCCACACAGCCUUCCACUGAUGGAGUCUGGAAAAAUCCUGCCGGGAGUGAAGGUAAUCAUUGCCAACCCUGAGACCAAGGGACCCCUGGGAGAUUCACACUUGGGAGAGAUCUGGGUGAGCAGCCCCCACAACGCCACAGGCUACUACACCGUGUAUGGUGAGGAGGCGCUGCAUGCCGACCACUUCAACACCAAGCUGAGUUUUGGCGACACGCAGACCGUGUGGGCACGCACCGGGUACCUGGGCUUCCUGCGCCGCACCGAGCUCACUGAUGCCAGCGGGGAGCGACAUGAUGCGCUGUAUGUUGUGGGCUCCCUGGACGAGACCCUGGAGCUGCGGGGUAUGCGCUACCAUCCAAUCGACAUUGAGACAUCUGUUAUCCGGUCACACAAAAGCAUCGCCGAGUGUGCUGUGUUUACGUGGACCAACCUGUUGGUGGUGGUGGUGGAGCUCGAGGGCUCGGAGCAAGAAGCCCUAGACCUGGUGCCGCUGGUGACUAGCGUAGUGCUGGAGGAGCACUACCUAAUUGUUGGUGUGGUUGUGGUGGUGGACCCUGGCGUCAUCCCCAUCAACUCUCGUGGCGAGAAGCAGCGUAUGCACCUGCGCGAUGGUUUCCUGGCCGACCAGCUGGACCCCAUCUACGUGGCCUACAACAUGUGAGGGGGGGAUCUGGGCAUAGCAGGAGCAGGGAGGACUUUGCACACUGUGGAAACAAGAGCGAUGGAGAACAGGGAGGAGCCUUUGUGGGAGCGCCGCGGUCGCGGACUUCCAUAUCUGUUCUUCCUUGGCACAUUCAAAGAACUUCCGGAAAGCUGUGUGUCGUCGUUAAGGUUGGGGGGAAGGCUAGAAUAUGUUAUUUUGUUUACUUUGCCUGAAAGUCAGUAUUGUUGGGGGUCAUGGGCAUCACAUGCCUCCUGUAGUCCAUCCCUGUGUUGCUCUCCAGCGCUUUCCAUGUAGUGAGGCUAGAGGAGUGGCCUUCAGGGUAGGGGAAAGGAGGGCAAUGGCACUGGCUUGUGUGUCUCAUUUCAUUACAAUGGGCCUUAGAAACGACCUCAUUAAUGUUUAGGGUAAUUGUCUUAUUUAUUAAACUUCUGUUCAGUGCCUCUUCGGGGAGACAAGAACGAAACUAACUUCCUUCAUGUCCUGUCGCAACUUAAGUCAACGGAUCUGGCUGCGAACCCUGGAAUGUAAUUAGAAACAAUCUGGGUCACAAUUUGGGCCAUCUCAUCUGAUCAUUGUCUGCGUUAAAUCCUUUGCUUGCUUGUGAAUUUCAUCAUGCAGUUAGUUUACAGACUGAUCAUUUUACGCUAUUGAAAAAAGCAGAGAGGAGGAUGCAAAAAAAAAUCGCUGUGGUUUCAGAUUUUUUCUCUUGGGAGCUGCUCUUACAGACCCCCAAUGACUACAGUUCAGCAUGAGCAGUUCGAACCCAUAGACUGGGGAUGUGUGUGGGUUUUAUGGAAUUUUACAAGGAGCCUUAAUUGUUGUUUGACAACGACUUCUUAGCUUUCAUGCGUCACUUGAGGUUGUUAAGAUUUGUCGGCUGUGAUAACAUACAGGUGCAUGUUGGGCUGAACCAGAAGACCAUGCAGAACCAGAUGGUCUGUCUCGACCCAGGAGGUAUGUCUGCUUGGUGCUUUGAGUUCGCCUGUGAAAAUGAACCUCGAAUUAUGCAAACGAGCAUCUCGGUUCUAGCUUGAGCUCUUUUAGCUUUUGAGAUUGUAGUUAAUUUUCCACAUCAUGAAAGGAUACAGAGGAAAAGACUGGUUGCUGCAUUUGACUGACAGACUGGGAAUGAAACCAUUCUCCAAUAGCAGUUGAUUUGGUGGCAUUAAAGGCUCCAUACAGACGAGGUGGAAUCGGCUUCUUUGAAUGUACACAAGGUUGGAUGUGUCGUUAUUCUAAUGUGACUUGGAAUGUGAAGCCAGCUUUAAACUCCUUAAACUUUCACAUAAGGCAUUUGCCACACUUUUUCUGUAGAAAUGUUUUUUUUUCCCUUCCAGAUUACUUAAUGACGUUACCUCCUUUAAGAAAAUAACUGCAAAUUCAUCUGGAAUAUUAGAUAUGGAACAGUAAAGAAAUUAUUGCUGGAGGCUGUGUUUUAUUGCUCAUAUUCUUCCACAAGCGUGUCUUUAAUGUAGCAGUAUACAGUAUACAGUUAUGAAACUGGAGGCAGCAGGUUGAGACAGUUGUGCAUGUUUGCCGAAGGAGGCAGCUGAUGUACAGGACCCACAUCACAAUGGCUGCAUCUCAGAUGGAUUUUUCUAGAAAACUGCCUCCUCCCAGCUUGCGUGGACCUCAUGGAAGCAACACGCCAACUGUAAUUAUGUACAGAUCUCAUGUAAGUUAUUAUCAGGGUUCCAGAGUUGCUGGGAAUUCCUGAACAGAUUGCAACUGGAGCUUCCUGGAUAAAAAUGGACUCAAAGGACUCGGAGACUAACAAGACUUUUAAAUGUUGUAGUUUUGUUUUAUAAGCCGACCGCAAGAGAGUCAAUACUUGCGUGAGUAAUAAAACAACAAAACUUGUAAGAUUUUCUAUUGAAAAUAAAUGGUGACUCUGAGUCUUGCUGCUUUUAGGGAUAAAAAGCAGAAAGCACAUUAAAAUAUUUUAAAAUUUAAAUGAGACUGUUGUAUUUUGGUGAAGUUGCCUAAACUUUGGUUCCUUCAUCUUCUAGAUGUUUUUCUGAGCACAUUCAGACUGUGGAGAUCUUAUGUGAAAAAGUUUGGCUAACAUUAUUUGUUUUCUUUGAUAUAUGUU